AGAAAGAGAGAUAGGGAAAGAGGCGGGGCUUAGAAAGUAUGAACUUGUGUAUGAUUGAGCUGCAGGAAGCAUUAAGAGGAGAAAGACUGCACACAGGACGCCGAAUACUCACUCUUUUCGCCUUUACAGAGGACGAGUGGCCUUAUGGGUCCUCAAGAGGGACUUUUUCCACCGGGUCACACUUUUUCUCCGGCGCCCCUUCACUCCUCAGACUUGUCUUGUUAAUAAAAUCCGGAGCACUCAGCUUGAACCCGGGCUGUUUUUCCUCUUCCCACUGUGCGUAAUUUCUCCCCUGGAUCGAAGAGAAAGCGACAUCACAACAACACGAGGACGAGGAAUCAAGACAGAAAUUAAACAGACUGUGGGAAACAUGAAAACCGUCUUGGAUAUCUGCUUGCUUUUCCUCAUGCUGAACACCCCCGGCGUGCUGUCCUUGUCCACACAUGUAGCACUAAUCUACCCCCAGGACCCUGUCCUGCGCAUGGGGUCCAACCUGACCGCCAGCUGCUGGAUCCACCCUGACCUCGGCGUCCACGCCAGCUCUCUGUUCUGGACGCUAAACGGCCAGCAGCUGCCCAGCUCCAUGUACAGAGUGCUCAGCCCGACCAACCUCAGCGUGACACUGGCAGGACUCAACGCCUCCAGGCAGACAUCCGGAGACAACCUGGUCUGUCACAAUCACAAGGGACACAUCCUGGCCGGAUCCUGCCUCUACGUCGGGAUGCCUCCAGAGAAGCCAGUCAAUCUGACCUGCUGGUCCAGGAACACCAAAGACCUGACUUGCAGCUGGGCUCCAGGGGGAAGAGGAGAAACCAACAUUAGCACCCAGUACAGGCUCAAGUACAAGCUCAGAUGGUACGGUAAGGAGAAGGAGUGUGAAGAUUACACUCAUUCACAGCCGUACUCCUGCAGCAUCACUCGGGACCUACACCUCUUCACACCCUACGAGAUCUGGGUGGAGGCCAUCAACCAGCUUGGACAAGCUACCUCUGAUGUCAUCACCCUCGACAUCUUAGACGUGGUAACCACGGACCCCCCAUCAGGUGUGGCGGUAAGCCGCGUUGGGUUGUUAGAAGACCAGCUGAGUGUUCGCUGGGAGGCCCCGCCUGCUCUCAAAGACUUCCUCUUUCAGGCCAAAUACCAGAUCCGCUACAGACUGGAAGACAGCCAAGACUGGAAGGUGAUGGAUGACGUAGGGAAUCAAACAUCUUGCAGACUAGCUGGACUGAGACCUGGGACAGUGUAUUUUGUUCAGGUUCGCUGUAACCCUGUGGGCAUCUACGGCUCUCGUAAAGCUGGGAUCUGGAGCGAGUGGAGCCAUCCUACUGCUGCGUCUACACCCCACAGCGAGCGCUUGAUGUCGGGCUCGUGUGACUCGAAGUCGAGCGGGGACUCUAACUCCACCCUGCGCAGGGAGCUGAAGCAGUUCUUCGGCUGGGUGCGGAAACACGCCUACGGCUGCAGCAGUAUGUCCAUGAAACUGUACGACCAGUGGAGAGUGCUGAUGCAAAAAUCCCACAAAGCUCGCAACCAGGUAGGUUCUCCAAGGGGAUAAAUCCUAGCAUCGGCUUUACAAGCAGAAAACAAGUCAAGGAAAGAACUGAGUGUGUGUGAGUGCUUUUGUCUGUGUGUGUAUGAGAGAAGAGAUUGUUUUCUUAUACGGGAAUUAUAAGACAUUUUUCUGUGGACAUUUUGUGCAAAUACCAGCCGUGGCUAUGAGAAGACAUCCAAAAAGAAGCUGUGGGAUUUUUCUUCUUUUAUGCAUCUUUUCCAGUCGACAUGAGCACUUUUAUGUCUGAAAAUGUGCAACUUAGAAUGAUGGACCCUCCACAGAAAUCCUGGUGCCAUUAUUAAAAAGACAUCACUCUGCUUUCCAAGAGAUGUAGCAGCAUGAAUAAAGACUUUGACGCAUAUUUUCUCUGAAUGUGCGUAAAAAGAGGAUUCAAACGCUCUUGGAAGUGUUUCCUGAACAUCGAAAAAAAGUAUUCUCUGACCUUCUUUACCUUCUCCUGUGGAUCCAAAGCACCAUCUAGUGGUCGUUCGGCAUCAAUGUACUCUCCAAUACCAAGGCUCUCACUGUGGUCCUGAUGUAAAGAGAGAAAAGUGACAAAUAAUCACCCAGUAUUUCUCAUCCAUGCUUUGUUAUAUGAGUGGAAAAUGUGCCAAACUGGCUCAGCCAGCGUUCAUGUGUUUCUGAGUGACAGUUCAGAGACUGGCAUGUUUUGUGUUUGUGUGUGGAGACAUUUCACUGCCUUUAUUUUUGUACUGAAUUGUACCAGCAUAUUUAAAACUGUAUAAAGUUAUGGUUUAUUUCUUAAGUUAUGUUUAGUUAGUAAAGAAAUACUAAUGACUGAA